CACGUGGCGGGCGAGGGACGGGGCACCGGUGGGGGGGGGCGGGGUGCGGCGGGGGGCUCGAGGGGUCCCCAAGGCCCGGGGGGGUCCCGGGGCCCCUGUGUGUGGCGGGGCCGGGGGCGCCUCUGGGGCCGCGGGGGGCCUGCGGAGCCCGAGCUCUGACCGGGAGCUCCUCCCCCCAACCCGCGCCGACCCCCGCGGGGUCCCCCCGGGGCUCCCACCCCCCGCUCCGUCCCCCCGCGGCUCCCUGCCCCGCUCCGUGUCCCUCCCCCCGCUCUCCCCGGGGAUCCCACCCCCCGCUGCCGGUGUGCGGGGCCCGGGGCGGCGGGGCUGGGGAAUCCCGCCCCCUCCCCGCGGUGCCCGCUGCCCCCCCCCCACGGUGUCCCGGGGCGGGGCGGUGACGGCGGCGGAGCGGGGAGCGCGGGGCGGCCCCGGCGCAGCGCCCGGCACCGCCUCCCGCCCGGGGCCGCCCCGCCCGGGCCGCCGCCGCCGCCGGCUCCAGCACCGCGGAGAGCGCGGGCAGCACCGGGGACAGCGCCCGGGCACCGGCACCGGCACCGGCACCGGCGGCGGCACCGGGCCGCUCCCAUGGCGCUGCUCCGCGUCCUCUGCCUCCUCGCCGCCCUCAGACGGAGCCUGGGCACGGACACGGAGGAGCGGCUGGUCGAGUACCUGCUGGACCCCGCGCGCUACAACAAGCUGAUCCGGCCGGCGACCAACGGCUCCGAGCUGGUGACGGUGCAGCUGAUGGUGUCACUGGCGCAGCUCAUCAGUGUGCACGAGCGGGAGCAGAUCAUGACCACCAACGUCUGGUUGACCCAGGAGUGGGAGGACUACCGCCUCACCUGGAAGCCGGAGGACUUUGACAACAUGAAGAAGGUCCGCCUGCCCUCCAAGCACAUCUGGCUGCCCGAUGUGGUGCUCUACAACAACGCCGACGGAAUGUACGAGGUCUCCUUCUACUCCAACGCGGUGAUCUCCUACGACGGCAGCAUCUUCUGGCUGCCGCCGGCCAUCUACAAGAGCGCGUGCAAGAUUGAGGUGAAGCACUUCCCCUUCGACCAGCAGAACUGCACCAUGAAGUUCCGCUCCUGGACCUACGACCGCACCGAGAUUGACCUGGUGCUGAAGAGCGAGAUGGCCAGCCUGGACGACUUCACGCCCAGCGGCGAGUGGGACAUCGUGGCGCUGCCGGGACGGCGCAACGAGAACCCCGAUGACUCCACCUAUGUGGACAUCACCUAUGACUUCAUCAUCCGACGCAAGCCACUCUUCUACACCAUCAACCUCAUUAUCCCCUGCAUCCUCAUCACCUCCCUGGCCAUCCUCGUCUUCUACCUGCCAUCCGACUGCGGCGAGAAGAUGACGCUCUGCAUCUCUGUCCUGCUCGCCCUCACCGUCUUCCUGCUGCUUAUCUCCAAGAUCGUGCCACCCACCUCGCUGGACGUGCCACUGGUGGGCAAGUACCUCAUGUUCACCAUGGUGCUGGUGACCUUCUCCAUCGUCACCAGCGUCUGCGUCCUCAACGUGCACCACCGCUCGCCCACCACGCACACCAUGCCACCCUGGGUCCGCACCCUCUUCCUCCACAAGCUCCCGGCGCUGCUCUUCAUGAAGCAGCCGCGGCAGAACUGCGCGCGCCAGCGCCUGCGUCAGCGCCGGCACACCCAGGAGCGCGCCGCCGCCGCCAGCCUCUUCCUCCGGGCCGGCGCCCGCACCUGCGCCUGCUACGCCAACCCUGGCACUGCCAAGGCCGAGGGGCUCAACGGCUACCAGGAGCGGCAGGGGCAGGCGCCGGCCCCCGCGGCCGGCUGCGCCUGCGGGCUGGAGGAGGCGGUGGACGGCGUGCGCUUCAUCGCCGACCACAUGCGCAGCGAGGACGACGACCAGAGCGUGAGCGAGGACUGGAAGUACGUGGCCAUGGUCAUCGACCGACUCUUCUUGUGGAUCUUUGUCUUUGUCUGCGUCUUCGGCACUGUCGGCAUGUUCCUCCAACCCCUCUUCCAGAACUACGCCACCAACUCCCUGCUGCAGCUCGGCCAGCGCACCCCCACCCCCAAAUAGUGCUGGGGCGGCUGCCUGCCCUCCCCGCCAGCCCCAGGGACAGCAGGGGACCACGGGCUCCAUGCCCUUUCCUCGCUGCUGAGCCAGGGGCUGGCCAGUCCCGGGGCUGGCGAGCUGGGUGCUGGGCUCCCGGUAGCCACUGCAAACCAAUAAAUACUGACACAGGA